AUGUCUCUUCGCGUUGCGCUGCUCCUGUUGGCGCUGGCACCUGGAAAGUCUUCUUCAAAAGAAUGGUUUCAAAACAUAUCUACCAGACUGUUCGACUUACCUGGAGAUAUUUUGAUCGGAGGCCUAUUUCCGAUCAAUGAUGCCUCCAGCAACCUCAGCGAGCAACUCAAACCAAAUGAUAUUGAAUGUUCAAGUCUGGAUCCAUACGGACUGGGGCUCGCCAUAGUGAUGAAGUAUGCUGUGGAUGAAGUGAAUGCCAAUCCGAAGCUUUUGCCUGGGAUCCGUCUGGGUUACAAAAUACAUGACACAUGCAGACAGUCCUCAGUCAUCAUCAGACCAACCAUCUCCUUUUUGACAGAGAAAUCCACAAAAGUUCUUUCAGUGCAGUGCAACUACACCGACUAUGAGACCAGUGUAGCUGCUGUGAUCGGCCCCAACGGCUCAGAAAUGGUUUCGGUGAUCGGAAAACUACUUGGAUUCUUUCUCAUGCCACAAAUCAGUCACCGAGCCACAAGUGACCAGUUCAGCGACAAAAGUCUGUACCCAUCAUUCUUCCGCACCGUGCCCAGUGAUAAAUGGCUGGUGGAGGUGACGGUGCUGCUCAUAAAGGAGUUUGAGUGGAACUGGGUGGCAGUGGUCGGCAGUGAGGAGGAGUAUGGCCAGAGGGGGGUGCAGGAGUUCUCCAAACUGGCAGAGAAGAGCAAACUGUGCGUGGCUUACCAGGCCCUGAUCCCAGUCUACACAGACCCAGCACCAGCCAUAGAGGUCAUCAUCAACAACAUCAAAGCCUCAAAUGUCAGUGUCAUCGUGGUCUUCUCUUUGUCAGAACCUACAGCUGCUUUAUUCAGAGAGGUUGUAAAGCAUCAAAUCACUGGUGUGUGGAUUGCAAGCACAAGCUGGGCGAACAGAGUGUUUGAGAUCCCAGGUAUCCAGUCCAUUGGGACUGUUAUUGGCUUCACAGAUAAGAUGGAGAGUGUGGACUUGCUGGUAGAAUACGCACAAGUUCUGUUCAUGAAGAUCAGCAAAGAAAACUUAAAACCGACUCAGCAGGAGCAGAGUGAAUCACACAAUCCCUGUCCCCAGUGCUGGAACCUGUCUGUGGCCAACAUCAGCCUUAUGGAGCAAGUCGGAGUGAAACAGGCGGCUUUCAGCGUGUAUGCUGCCCUCUACAGUGUGGCAGAGGCACUACACAAGCUUCUCUUGUGCGAUGACAAAGCAUGUGACUGGAAACCUGAGACAAAAGUGUACCCCUGGAAGGUGCCAGUGUCGACCUGCUCCGCAGCCUGUGAUCCUGGACAAGUGCGUAGAGUCAAAGGGUUCCACUCCUGCUGUUUCGACUGCAUCGAUUGUCAGCCCGGAACCUACCAGGCCGACGCAGGUCAAGAAGCAGGACGUAACACAAACAUGUUAAACACUAGGCCUGCAGGCAGACCUUGA